CACAAGGGACAGAAUCACAUGCCCCUAAUUGUUUCCUUGUUUGUAUCGUCAUGGCUUUUCAAACCUGUACGUUGCUUCUUUGUAAAGUAACCUUGGUUGUCCUGAUUUCUCUCGUCGUUAUCGGAGAGGGACAGUAUAAGGCAUUCAGGAAGAUUAUUCGAGAGCAGAAUAUAAACCAGAGAGCUGUGUUUGAGGAGCAGUGGUUCAUCCAGAAACUGGAUCACUUCAAUGGUGCAGACAGCAGAGAGUGGAAGCAAAGGUACUUUGUAAAUGAAGCCUUCUACAAGCCAGGAGGUCCAGUGUUUCUUAUGAUAGGUGGAGAGGGCCCAGCCAAUCCGGCUUGGAUGCUGAAUGGCACCUGGCUCACCUAUGCCGAGAAACUAGGAGCACUUUGCCUGAUGCUGGAACAUCGCUUCUAUGGAAAGAGCCACCCGACUCCGGACCUCAGCACAGACAAUCUCCGUUUCCUCAGUAGUCGCCAGGCACUGGCUGACCUGGCACACUUCCGCACUGUAAUUGCAGAGGCACGAGGGCUGACCAACAGGAAGUGGGUGGCUUUUGGCGGGUCGUACCCAGGUUCUCUUGCUGCUUGGUUCAGGCUGAAGUAUCCUCACCUGGUCCAUGCCUCUGUGGCCACGAGUGCACCUGUUCAUGCCACUGUUAAUUUCCCAGAAUACUUGGAGGUUGUGUGGCGUUCGCUGGCCUCUGAGAACGCAGAGUGCCCCCUUCUGGUAAAAAAAGCUUCAGAUACCCUUGUGGAGCUCCUGAAGGACCCUAAGACCUAUGACAACAUCACCAAAGACUUCAACUUGUGUUCCAAACUGCAGAUCCAGACAGAGAUGGACUCAGCCUAUUUCCUGGAAAUGCUGGCUGGCAACUUCAUGGAUGUGGUCCAGUACAAUGAAGACAACAGGGGGUUUGAGGGUGUGAUAGGCACCAACAUCACCAUCAAAGUGCUGUGUGGUGUGAUGGGUGACACCUCACUGGGAGAACCUUAUGUCCGCUACGCUGCUGUGGCCCGCCUCAUGAUGGAUACCUUCUCUAUGAAAUGCCUGGAUGCCAGCUUCAAUACCUACUUCAGAGACAUGACUAAUAUGUCGUGGGAUGGGCCGGCUGCAGGGGGAGGGAGACAGUGGGUCUACCAGACCUGCACUGAAUUUGGAUUCUACCAGAGCACAGAUUCCCCCAACCAGCCAUUCAGUGGCUUCCCUCUAGUGUAUCAUGUGAAACAGUGUGCAGACUUCUAUAAUGUCAGUGCCGAGCAGCUGGCAGAGGCCGUGGCCCAGACCAAUGAGUAUUAUGGUGGCUAUGACAUCCAUACUGCCAGAAUCGUUUUUCCCAAUGGGUCCAUUGACCCCUGGCACGCCUUGGGAAUUACCCAGGACAUUACACCUGACCUCCCUGCUGUUUUCAUCAAAGGAACAGCCCACUGUGCCAACAUGUACCCUGCCAGGAGCCAGGAUCUCCCCCAGCUUGCUCUGGCCCGUGACCACGUUUUCUUACUUCUCCAGCAGUGGUUGAAACAAUAACUGACAUUUAAACAGGCCAAUCGAUGGCUUUGCGAAGCAAAUGCUUUUGUCCGGAUCGCUGACACUGAAAAGAGACUGCUUAUUUUACUGCCACAUUCAUGAUUACUUGAAAAGGCACUUUACUCAAACAUUAAUAGGUACAAAGUUCAGAUAUUUUAAAUGAGUGAGACAAAUUUGAGCUGAUGAGUAAAUGUUUUUUGUUUUUUUUUUAUGAUUAUAGAAACGGUUUUAUCUGUACUUUCAUGUUUAAUCUGGGUUAACAUUUCAAAGGUCAAUAUGAUAUCAUUAAAAAACACUUCAUGGGCUGGGUUCCAGGAAGUGCAUAUGUUAAACAAAGUAUGUAGAAGUAGUUGAAUUUGCUUUCCCAGGCAAGCAGAACAAUGUUAGAGAGCCUAGUUAAAACUAGACUAUUCCAGAGGGAUAACGUCUGUCAGUGAACUCACAUGAAUAUUUGAAUCAUUUAAUUGAAGACCAGCAAAUAGCAUGAUCCAGAAAUAUUUUUUCAAGACCAACACACUCAAUUUCUUGAUUUCUUAGAACAUUUUCUUGUGUACCAAAACAAUAAAAAAUGAAUAUGUAAAAUUAAAAAAAAAACAUUUAAAUUUCAUCAGAUUUGCUUUAAGAUACAAUAUAUAAUUUCAAUACCCUCUGUUGCAAUAUUUUUGACCAAUAUCAUUUGUACACAGGACAGAUGUGUUAUCAGCUCUUGACACAUACAUUUCAUAUUGAGAAAUAUAUCUUUUACAGCCACAUUUGGAAAUUUCAAGAGCUUUUGAAAUUAAAGUUACUGUUAGCUUCAUCAGGA